AUUCUGAUAUCUGAGCUCAGAACUUCGAUCAGCGAACGCGGUAACCAAAGAGACAAAGACCGUGAAAGGGCUCAGGCCAGGGCAGGAAACAAGCGUAAGCAGCCCAAAAACGACGGAUUAACUCCUGAACAACGCCGAGAAAGGGACGCAAAAGCACUUCAAGAAAAAACCGCUAGGAAAGCUGCGCAGGGUGCAGGAGGGAACAAUGCUGUUGGUGUUGGUGGUAAAAAAUAAAAUGGUGGGUGCUGGUGGUAAUUGUGAAGUAUGAGUUUAGAGUAGGAAAUAUUGAAAUUUGAAUCUAAAUCAAAUUUGGGUUUCUGGUGUGAUUGGGUCACACUUAUGUGCUUUUGUGUUGGAAUGCAUCGAUGUUGGCUUUUGAACCUUUUUGAACUUCAUCUGUGAUUUGGAAUGAAAAUUAAUUCUCUUUGGAA